AUGGUGGAAGAAGAUGAAUACGCUUGCGUAAACAAGUCACAGCUUAAAAUUAAGGAUAAUUCUGGAAUUAAAAAGAAAAAGAAGAAGAAAUCAAAUAAAGGAACAGAGAAAGCUAUAGAAAACGAAGUAAAACAACAAAUAAAGCAACAAAAAAAUACUGAUGCGAAAACAAAAGCUGAGCUUGCUUUUCUUAAGAUGCAGGAAAAAAUGCAAAAACAAAGAAUUCAACAAAAAGCGGAAAUGACACACAAACAAAGAGUUGAGAAGUUUAAUCAACACUUGGACAGUUUAACGGAACACUUUGACAUUCCUAAAGUUUCAUGGACAAAGUAA